GAUUCAACGCGCGGCGGCGGCGUGCGCGGCGUCGUGUGCGCGCGCGCUGCGCUGGUUGGGGGGGGUCGCCGCUGACCGCCUUGUGGCUUCGCUGUGCGCGCUUUUGCCCGCGGCGCGAGUAGCGCUGCGUCUGCGCGUUGCGUUGAACGCGUCUGUUGUUGCCGCGCAAUCUAUGCGCCCGCGCUUUGAGAAAAAGCCGGCGCCCGCGCGAGUCGAGAAAAAACCCGAUUUGUUUGUCGAGAAAAAAUUCACAGCUCGAUAGAAUCCUCCCCGGGGUCGAUUUAGAAGACUCCGUGCACCGGUAGUUCUCAUGCGUUUCCGAAUUGCUCCAUUCCAUGAUGGGGUGAUGACUUAGGUGCUGCCCCUGCAGCCGCGAGCCGCGCCAGCGAUCGCGAACACAGCAUUCAUGCAUGAAAAGCCAGAACAACCAUAGUGCAGUUACCAUACCACUGCACGCAGCAUCACUACUCCAUUCUCCGUGCGCCUCAAUCGCACAGCAGUGAACAAUGGCCACGGCGGGCCUCACCUAUGACGAGGUCAUGGCCCAGAGUGCUCAAGCAAAACCACAGCAAGGACUAGUGCUCGACGAGGCCUUUGACGUGAUCCACCAAGACGACGACAAGUCCGAGGAAGAGGACUUUGAAGACAUCGAGGUCGAGAUCAAAGAUGAUUAUGUGGGGCGGUGCACUUCGGUCUUCGUUCAGUACCCGCGGCGCGUCGUGGUGAGCAUAUUACUGAUAACGGUACUCGCUAUGUACGCGACCUACUUGGAUAACUUCUCGAUCACGGUCCCGUCGCCCUACGACUGGGAGUGUCCUGAUGACGAGUAUACUUUGUUGAGGGAUGCCAUGAUGAGUGCAGAGGACGAGGCCGACGAGUCGAAAGCAUUAACUACGAGGGGAGACGCGACGUUUCCCUUCUACUACUUUUACGACUCCGAGCCGUGGAAUAGGGAUGCGAACUGCGACGGGGGCAUCUUCACGCCCCAACGGUUGCGGGCCAUGUGCCUCGCCGAGGAGAUCCUGACGUCCAAUAAGGAGUAUCAAGAGGACUACUGCUUGCUGGUGAACGGUACUUGUGCGACACGUAGUGCGUCGGUGCUCCAAUUUUUUUAUGAUGAUGCGCCCUGUUCAUUGUUGGAUCAAGCGCGAAUCGACCAAGGGUGGGCGGCGCUCCAAGGCAAUGUCUUCUUCGUGGACAAGCACGCAUUCCAAAGAGGCUACGCGUGUAAAGCAAGGUCCAUCAUCUACCUAGGAACACCGCUAACAGGCUAUGACGAAACCUCGAAAAUAGGCGACGACCAGGCCCUGGAGAUGCAGGAAAAGUUGGGCAGCGUGAUGGAGCAAGCCUUGUGGCGCUCCUACGACAUGGAAGGCCACACGCUCAACAGCAAGUACAACCAGGCCGCUCGAUCGUCAGGUAUGAGUGUACUGUGGUUCGCCCAGCCUCUGGCGCAGCGCGAGUUCUCUAGAUUAGUGAAUGAGGACUUUCUCGUCGCGUUCGCGUCGGUGCUAUUUGUCUGGUGCUAUCUCAUGUAUCAUCUGGGGUCAUGCUUUGUGGGGAGUAUGGCCAUGCUCCAAAUAAGCGUGUCGCUACCUCUGUCGUUAUUCUUUUACAGGGUAGUGUUCCGCAUCAGUUAUUUCGCGGGCAUGCAAAUUCUUGUAGUCUUUGUCAUACUGGGCAUCGGCGCGGACGACUGUUUCGUUUUUGUGGAUGCCUGGAAGCAGUCAUUGCUUUUACACGAUGAUACACAUAAGAGGUUGCAGUACGCCUAUGCUAGAGCCUUACAAUCGAUGGCGAACACGUCAUUGACGACGGCGGCCGCGUUCCUAGCCACGGCGAUUAGUCCGAUCAUGCCCAUUGCCGCGUUUGGGAUUUAUGCUGCUAUAUGUGUCCUGAUGAACUAUGUGCUGGCGAUGACGAUGCUGCCCGCCGUGUUAAUUUGGCACCAUAACUCCUCAAAGUGCUGUACGUGUAGUCGCACGGAGAUCGUGGAGGGCGGUACGUGUGUUGAACGUUAUUUGACCAUCCUUUCGUGGAGGAAGAAAAUCAUAGCCAAGAUUUUGGUAUUGGUGCUAGGCGGCCUCUCCUGCACGGCGGCCUACCUCGCGUCACGCCUCGAACCACCGAGAGAACCGGAAGAGUGGUUCUCGCAGAAGCACAUGUUCCAGCAAGUCGCCGACUUGAUAGGCGGUAGUAAUGGAGGCGCCUACGGCGCCAACGAGGACCAGGCCUACGAUGCAUUUCAUGUCGUCUUUGGGAUCGAGGGCGUGUCUCGGGAUGAUUUUGAUCCGUAUGUGCCUUCGAAGCGACUGGCGUCCCCUGACUACGUCGCUAUUGACCUAUACGAGGCGCAGGACGCCUUCCUCCAAGCUUGUCAUCUAGUGGAGACCUUCGCGGCGCUCGUGCGGCCCAAUACCACUCUAUGUUUUCUGCGCGAGUUUCAGCAAUGGCAAACGGAAACGUAUGCUAGUACUGCAAUGGACAGGGCGACCUUUGAUUCGAGGUUAGCCCUCUUCCGUGAUUCCACGCAACCUUCGAACAAAUUACACGGCGCCUGGAAGGCGCCUGUUGGUAUCGUGAAUGGUGAACUCAAAUACGUGAGGAUCGACGGCCGCAUCUCGAUGACGCAGGGGGCGGCCAUUGAUGAGAGAAAGAAGACGUUGCGGCGGGCUCAAAAGUUGCUUAAAAAAAUACAACAGUUGGACGCGCCGUUUUUGCGACCGGACAAGGCGUUCCAAGUGAGCGGGGCCUGGCUCUGGUACGAGACCCAAGUCGCGUUGGUGCGAGGGCUGACGACGGGGAUUAGUAUUGGCUUUCCCGUGGCGUUUCUGGUGUUAACCGCAGCGACGCGGAACGUGAUUCUCUCUUUAUAUGCGAUCGUGGUCAUCGGCUGCGUCGUUUCUGGAGUAUUGGGGUUGUGCUAUUUACUAGGAUGGUCGCUGGGCAUCCGCGAGUCCGUCGCCGGCGUCAUCGUGAUUGGAUUAGCUGUCGACUACACGAUCCACCUGGGCCACAUGUACGACCACGCGCGCUUCCACGCCCAUCUGGCCACGAGAGAUGAAAGGACCGCGUACGCGCUGCGGAAGAUGGGUCGUACCGUGUUUGCGGGCGCCGUGACGACGGCCGGCGCGGCGUCCCUCAUGUUCGCGUGCCAACUCACGUUCUUCGUCCAGAUGGCCUGCUUGAUCGUCUUCACGAUCGCGCUGUCUAUUUCAUUAGCGCUGGGUCUGUACGUGCCCCUUUUGCAUGUGAUUGGGCCCGAGCGGGAACAGGGCAACCUGUGGUUUCUCUGGCGGCGGUUAUGUCCUCCCAAAGAGAAAGCUGCCGCGUCCGAAAAACGGGCGGCGUCGUGGCGCCUGGAUCCGGUCGCGACGACGCCGGCGCCGCGGGGGCUCGCGCGGCCUCCAAGCGCGCCGGCGAGUGUAGACUCUCCGCCUUACGGAGGGGCUGAAGCAUAGUAA